CAGCGCUCCUACCAGCAGCAGCAGCAGCAGCAGCAGCAGCAGCGUGGGGUUUGUUCGCGCUGCUGCUGCAGCGGCGAGUCUGCUGCUGCUGCUGCCUUCACUCCAGUUUAUCCAAAAUCUCCCCGUCGUUUUCUCUUGUCUUUAA